AAAUGUGUUCUGCCUUCGCAGAAAAUGGGACCCCAAAACCUGUCCAAGGUCACUGAAUUUCAGCUCUUAGGAUUCCAGAGCCUUCUCGGGUGGCAGUCCCUCCUCUUUGCCAUUUUCCUGUGCUUCUAUCUCCUCACCAUCACAGGCAACAUGGUGAUCAUCGUAGUGGUGAGUGAGGACCUGCGCCUGCGCUCUCCCAUGUACACGUUCCUCCAACAUCUGUCCUUCCUGGAGAUCUGGUACACGUCUACCACUGUGCCCCUGCUGCUGGCCAACCUGGCCUCCUGGGGCCACACGCUGUCCUUCCCCGCCUGCAUGGCCCAGCUCUACUUCUUUGUGUUCUUUGGUGCUACCGAAUGUUUCCUCCUUGCCGUGAUGGCUUAUGACCGGUACCUGGCCAUCUGCAGUCCACUCCACUACUCCCUGCUCAUGAGUCCGGACAACUGUGCCGCUCUGGUCACAGUCUCCUGGGUGACCGGGGUGGGCACCGGCUUCCUGCCUUCCCUGAUGAUUUCUAAGUUGGACUUCUGUGGGCCCAACCGCAUCAACCAUUUCUUCUGCGACCUCCCUCCAUUAAUGCAGCUGUCCUGCUCUAGUGUCUAUGUGACGGAGAUGGCCAUCUUUGUCCUGUCCAUCGCUGUGCUAUGCAUCUGUUUCCUUCUAACCCUCCUGUCCUACGUUUUCAUAGUGUCCUCCAUUCUGAGAAUCCCUUCCACCUCUGGCAGGAUGAAGACGUUUUCUACAUGCGGCUCCCACCUGGCCGUGGUCACCAUCUACUAUGGGACCAUGAUCUCCAUGUACGUGCGCCCAAAUGCACACCUGUCACCAGAAAUCAACAAGGUCAUUUCGGUCUUCUAUACCGUGGUCACUCCACUGCUGAACCCAGUUAUCUACAGCCUGAGGAACAAAGACUUCAAGGAGGCAGUUAGAAAAGUCAUGAGAAUGAAGUGCGGUGUCUACAGAGCAAAAGUGAAAGGCAGUGGCCUCACUCACUAG